CACUUAAAUGCUCCUACCUUAUCAUUCUCUCUCUCCCUCGCUCUCCCUACCUUCCUCCCUCCUUUAAAUGCGCUCUUACUACUUCACACAUUCCCUAGGCGGCUCCUCUCUCUCUCCCCUCCCUUCUCUCUCUCUAAGUAGUAUUCAAGAGAGGGUUCUGCGUCUAGGCUCGCCUUGAAGUAUCUCUGAGCUGAUCUUCAGUCUCAAGUUUUAAGGAUGAUGAUGAAGAGGUGGGUCUGUGGAGUGCUGAAACAACUUCAGCUCAGGUUCAGAGAACUAGCUGCUUCCUCUUUGUGGGUGGGUGAGGGAGCUGGUGCUUCCAGAACUGGGCGUUUCUGCAUAUUCUUGAAGAGAGCUUUCCUUGCCGCUUUCACCUGCGCUUUUGCUUUAGGUGGAGCAAUUGUGGGAAUAAUUUCAGGAGCGCUAAAGGGACAGACAACGGAGACAGGGUUCGUGAGAGGAGCGGGAAUCGGAGCAGUGACUGGGGCUGUCACUGCGGUUCAGUUGCUGGAGCUCAUGGUAGAUGGGGAGUCACUUUCUAAGGUUGCCCUCCUGUGCAGCUUAGUGGAUGGAAAAGUAUUCAUGGAAUGGGUAGGCCCGGCAGUGCUCAAAGCGUAUCAAUGGCAGGUGAGCAAUCUGGAAACACCUUACAGAGAAAUUUCAGACAUUUAUGACACAGACGAAGAUAAAGGGCUGUCCCAGAAUUGUAUUCAGAGGCUUCCCGAAUACCAUUUCCAGUCUAGCAAGAUGGCCAAGAUAUCUGAUGAUGGAAUCUGCUGCUCAAUCUGCCUCCAGGACUUCAAGGAAGGAGAAACUGGAAGAAGGCUCCCCAAGUGUGGGCAUAUUUUCCAUUUGGAGUGCCUGGACGCAUGGCUCGUCCGGCGAGGCUCCUGCCCUAUGUGUCGAGAUAGUAUAUGUGAUCAUGAGAACCCCGAAUUCGUCGCAAAUUGCUAUUGAACUCGAGUCGUGACAAGGGUUGAGUUUCUUUUGACAAACUGUACUAUAUGCACAUGCUGCUGCAAUAUCAAGAAGUUUAUUUGUGAAA